CCACCGCAACAGAGGACGCAAUGGCUGCUCCCCCAAACAGUGCACGUCUCCGACGGCUCAGUGCUUUCCGGGGAAGGGUUCUCUGUCCCUUCGAGACUGUGUAUGAGAUGCUCGAAGAUGUAUGGCGCAUCAUCGACGACGCCUAUGACAUCGUCUUUGGGCGCCCAUUCUACCGCGACCCGAUCCAGCCUGGUCGUGAACAACAUAUCGCUCAUAUGACUGUCGAGAUCAUCGAUCAUCCAUUCAUGAGUCUGGCGUUCGAGCUGUGCCCUUACGAGUUCUUCAGACAGAUGGUGGGAGAAUUCUGGCCAGAAAUGCGACUGAUUGCCGCUCUCACGCUUGUCGAUGACCUGUUGACGCGAGAAGAUUGGGACUGGGACUGGGACAGCUCUGAUCUGAAUGUCCUCAGCAUUAUCCGCGACGACCUCUACGUGUUGGAUCUUGGGAUCAUGAUUCUCAAGAUCAAGGUGGAUCUCGAAGAUGAGUAG